AUGUGCUCGUCAAAAGUUGCUCUUGUCUUCGUUGCUUCCAUUGCACUGUCUACAGCUAUUCCGAUUCUAGGAGAAGGUGGAUUAGGAGGACUUCUGGGAGGAAAUCUAGGAAACCCAGGAAUUGGUGGAGUUCCUGAAGUAGGAGGUGUUGGAGGCAUCCUUGGAGAUGAUGGAAUACUCGGAGGACUUCUUGGUGGAAAUCAAAAUGCAGUCAAUGGAUUAUUGACAAUUCUUGAUCUACCUUCAAACGAUUUGCAAUUACCACUCCUUGGAAAUAACUCUGAAAUAACUACACUUUUGAAUAAUUUCGUUAGCCAGAUUUCCGAUCAAGAUCUUGAAAAAGUUCAAGAAAUUCUAUCUUCAAUAACUGCUAAUACACCAAUUGAACAAGUUGUUUCUCAACUUAAUGCCGUAAAUCCAUCUCUCGGAGAUGCUCUCAAUCAACUUGUAGCUGGUGUCUCUGAAUUGCUUAGAUCACUAUUUGAACAAGCUUCUGAAAUCAUCAGAAGUCUUGUGGAUGUUCUCCAACAACUGAGAACUAUUGUCGAAAGUAAUCAAACUACUGAAGAAAAAGAAGAAGCUAUCAAUCAAUUGAAGGAAAACAAUGAAAUUCAAUUCAACACAAUUCUCUUCAUCAUUACUCAACUUCUCAAUAACCUUGGAGGUAUUGGUGUUCCAGAGCUCCCCGUUUCAACUCCACAAGUUCCAAUUAAUGUUCGAUUAAUUGCAUUCUCAUUUUGUAUAUUUCCAUGUAAAUAA